UGUCGAGGGUGUUUUUUGGGGUAAUUUUGUUGUACUGUAAAUAUGUAAGUGGUGGAAUGCCAAUGGGGCUGGGUGGGUACGCGUCCGGAGGAAAAAUGUUGGGGUUCGGCGGCAUGGGGGGUAUGAAAGGUAUGGGAGGUAUGGGUGGCAUGGGUGGUAUGGGUGGAAUGGGUGGUAUGGGUGGUAUGGGAGGCAUGGGAGGAAUGGGUUAUGGUGGACUAGGUUUUGGCGGCGGUAUAAAAUUAUUAGGCGGCGCUGAAGAAAGCGGUAGCAAUUUCGGCGAAGGCAAAAAAGCCUUUGAUGACAUAUUCUUCAAGAAAGGCUUUGGUAGCCAAGGAGGACAAUUUGGUAUGGGUCAAUCAGGAUUUUCAAAAGGAGAUGGAUUAAUGAAAAACAUUAAGGGUGAUUUGGGGUUUUACAGCGGAGCCCAAGGCGGCAAAAACAUAGUUACCGACGGAAAAGGGUAUUAUGGAACGCAUCAUUUCGGAUCUAAUGGAAAUAAUGCCGGUGAAGCUAAAGCUAAAAAAGGACACAAAAACGGAAGAACUGUGAAGGGAUUCCAUACCCAACAUGAAUCCAACGAAGCCAGUAACACUGAAGAGGUAUAUGAUGAGGAACACGAUGAAGCCGAUAAAAAAGCGAUUAAAAAUACUGAAGGUGAAUUUGGCAAGAAAGCUGAAGAAUCAUACAAAGGAGAAAAGGGAGAUUCCAAAUUUGAAGCAGAAGAAGGCAAAAAGGAGGGCAAAUUUACGGAUAAGAUAGAAGAAGCCAAAACAAGCGGAACUAGUGGAAAAUUUGAUGAAGGCAAAUUUGGAUCCGAUGGAUCACAGUUUAACAUUAACAAAGGAGGAGAUAUAAACGGAAAUUCUGGGCAUCAUUCUGCUAAUAAAAUGUUUAAAGCUUUUAAAGUGUAAUCUGUAAAAUAUAAUAAUAAAUUAUGUAGAAUAUUUUUUUAUUAAAAUGUGUAAUCUAUU